AUGGUGCCCCCCACGGUGACAGCUGUUCAGAGGAGGUUCUUGAACUUGCACGAGUACCAGGCCCAGAUCAUUUUCCAGAAGUUCGGAGUCGGAGUGCCAAAGAACCUGCCGGCUUUCUCUGUCGCGGAAGCAGUGGAGAAGGCCAAGGAGAUCCCGGGCGACGAGAUCGUAGUGAAGGCCCAGGUGCUGGCUGGUGGCCGUGGCUUAGGUCACUUCAAGGAGAACAGCUUCCAGGGCGGUGUUCACAUCGUGCCCAAGUCCAAGGUGGCAGAGAUUGCCGACAAAAUGCUUGGAAAGACGCUGAUCACCAAGCAGACCGGCGAGGAGGGCAAGCCCAACAACACGGUGCUCCUGGCUGAGAAGGUCUCCAUCAAAGAUGAGAAGUACUUCGCGAUCCUCAUGGACCGGGCCAGCGGCGGCCCCCUGAUGAUCGGCAGCAAGACAGGAGGCACCUCGAUCGAGGAUAUUGCAGCCGCAGACCCGACGGCCAUCAUCAGGACUCCAGUGGACAUCAUUGAAGGCAUCAAGAUGCCCGAGGCCGAGAAGAUGGCGACUGAGAUGGGCUUCACUGGGCCUCAGGCCAAGGAAGCCGCGACCCUGAUGGCCAACCUCUACAAGGUCUUCAUUGAGUGCGACUGCACCAUGCUGGAGAUCAACCCUCUUGCCUCCCUCACGGACGGCCGCGUGCUGGUCUGCGACUCCAAGGUCAACUUCGAUGACAACGCUUCUUACCGCCAGAAGGAGAUCCAUGAUCAGCGCGACACCUCCCAGGAAAACCCCAUCGAGGUGGAGGCGAAGAAGUACGACCUGAACUACAUCAAGCUGGAUGGAAAUGUGGCAUGCAUGGUCAAUGGCGCUGGUCUGGCAAUGUCCACCAUGGAUCUGCUUAGCAUCCUCGGCGGGAGCCCGGCAAACUUCCUGGACGUUGGUGGUGCCUCUACCGUGGAGACCAUGACCAUGGCUUUCAAGAUCAUCAUGGGCGACCCCAACGUGAAGUCCAUCUUCGUGAACAUCUUUGGUGGCAUUGCGCGAUGCGACCACAUCGCGGAGGCCGUGGUUGCCGGAGUCAAGGCGGUGGGUGGCAACGCCGCCAUCAAGCCGCUGGUCAUUCGCUUGGAAGGCACAAACGUGGAAGCUGGCAUGAAGAUCAUCAAGGAGAGCGGUGUGGAGGCAUUCCUCACCAACGACUUCACCACCGGCGCCAAGAAAGCCGUCGAACUUGCAAGCCAGUGA